AUGCAAUCAGAUAGUGGCAAGUUAUUUAUCGGUGGAAUAUCGUGGGACACCAACGAAGAGCGACUCAGGGAGUAUUUUAGUACUUAUGGGGAGGUUAAGGAAGCCGUGAUCAUGAAGGAUCGGACAACUGGUAGAGCUCGUGGAUUUGGUUUUGUUGUUUUCAUUGAUCCGGCUGUUGCAGAGAUUGUUAUCCAGGAGAAGCACAACAUCGAUGGGAGGAUGGUUGAGGCGAAGAAAGCUGUUCCUAGAGAUGAUCAAAACGUAUUGAGUAGAACGAGUGGCAGCAUCCACGGUUCUCCCGGUCAAGGUCGCACGAGAAAGAUAUUUGUUGGAGGUUUAGCUUCUACAGUGACAGAGAGUGAUUUCAAAAAGUACUUUGAUCAGUUUGGGACUAUAACAGAUGUUGUAGUAAUGUACGAUCACAACACUCAGAGGCCGAGAGGAUUUGGAUUUAUCACGUAUGAUUCCGAAGAAGCUGUUGACCAGGUCUUACUUAAGACGUUUCAUGAAUUGAAUGGUAAAAUGGUUGAGGUCAAGCGAGCAGUUCCUAAGGAGUUAUCGCCAGGACCUACCCGCUCACCUCUCGGUGGAUACAACUAUGGUCUGAGUAGGGUUAAUAGUUUCUUGAAUGGCUUCAAUCAGGGGUAUAGUCCGAGUGCUGUUGGAGGCUAUGGACUUCAGAUGGACGGUAGGUUCAGUCCGGUUGCUAGUGCUAGAAAUGCAUUUGCACCGUUUGGAUCUGGUUAUGGAAUGGGUAUGAAUUUUGAGCCGGGUUUGAGUCCUGGAUUUAGAGGGAAUGCAAAUUUCAAUGGCAAUCUUAGCUAUGGACGGGGCUUGAAUCCGUACUUUAUCGGCAGCUCCAAUAGGUUUGGCAAUCCUGUUGGAUAUGAAAGUGGUAACGGAGGAAACAAUUCUUUCUUCAGUUCCGUGACUCGGAAUUUGUGGGGGAAUGGAAGCCUUAACUAUGGGACAAAUUCUGCGAAUUCCAAUGCAUACAUUGGAUCGGGAAGUGGAAAUGUUGGAGGAAAUGCAUUUGGAAAUACUGGAGUCAACUGGAGUUCCUCGUCGAUUUCUGGACACGGGGGAGGGAACAAUGUGUCACCGGGUAGUGGCAACCUCGGAUACGGAGGUGGCAACAACGGUUACGGAUUGGGGACUGAAGGGUAUGGAAGAAGCAGCGGUUCCUCUCUUGCACCAACAUCUUCAUACUCUACAUCAAAUGGUGGUGGUGGUGUUGAUGGUUCUUUCAGUGAUUUUUACAGCAAUAGUUCAGUCUAUGGGGACUCCACUUGGCGGUCUGCAAAUUCUGAACGAGAUGGAUCUGGUCCCUUUGGUUACGGACUCGGUGGUGCAGCUUCAGAUGUUUCUGUCAAAACUUCUCCUGGUUAUGUUGGUGGUUAUACUGUUAAUAAAAGGCAGCCAAAUAGGGGAAUUACUACAUAG